AUGGUGAACAAAAAGGGAAGUCCAAUUUUCACUUCCAAAGAAGACAGCAACUUUAGAGAGGCAUUGUCAUUGUACGAUUCUAAGCAGUACAAGAAAGCCCUUAAACUAGUUGAUGCUACUUUGAAAAAGAAUUCAAACCAUGCUGAAUCCUUGGCUUUGAAAGGUUGUAUUAUCUUCCACACCAAUGGAAACAAAGACGAUGCAAAGUCUUAUAUUGAUAGAGCAGCUGCUAAAGACCCAACCAAUUUCUUGGUUGACCAUUUGAUCGGGUUGUACUAUAGAGCUAAUGAGGACUACUUGGAAGCAUCAAAAUGGUUAUCUGCUGCCAUGGAAAAUGGAUCUACCAACAAGGCUAUUUUAAGAGAUUUGUCAUUCAUGCAAGUCCAAAACAGAGACUAUAAAAAUUUGAAGGAUAGCAGACAACAAUAUUUGGAGCAUGCCCCUGGUUACAGAGCCAAUUGGACCGGUCUUGCUGUUGCCCAUCAUUUGAACAAGGACUAUAACUCUGCCGUGGGAACUUUGACCAAAAUUGAGGAUAUCAUUAAAGAACAUUUGACUGAAAGUGAUAUGUAUGAACACAAUGAAUGUGUCUUGUACAAAAAUCAAUUGAUUUCGGAACUGGGUAACUUUGCCAAAGCAUUGGAGGUAUUGGAACAAGAUAAAGAUAGCAUUAGAGAUCGUUUGUCUUAUUUGGAAUACAAGGCCAAAUAUUUGUUACUUUUGGGCCAAAAGAAAGAAGCAUCAUUAGUUUAUCGUGAAUUGUUGAAGAGAAAUCCAGAUAAUCAUUCUUACUACAAUUUAUUGGAAACUGCAUUGGAAACAACUAAUAAAUCUCCAGAAAUUAGAUUCAAGUUGUACCAAAAAUUGAGCAAAUUCUACCCUCGUUCAGAUCCACCAAAGUUUUUGCCAUUAACUUUCUUGCCAUCUGAUAGCGUUUUAUUUGAAAAGGCUGCCCGUGACUAUAUCAUCCCUCAAUUAUUACGUGGUGUUCCUGCUACCUUUGUCAAUGUUAAACCAUUGUACCAGAACGCAAAGAAAUUAGAUGUUAUUGAAUCAAUUGUUUUGGACUUUUACGAAAACGACGUGCCAAAAUUAACCAAUCCAACAAUAAAAGUCUGGACUAACUAUUAUCUUGCCCAACAUUACUUGCGUAAGAAUGAUUUGCCACAAGCAUUAGCACAUAUUGAUUCUGCCAUCAAACAUUCUCCUACUUUAGUUGAAUUGUAUAUUGUUAAAGCCAGAAUUAUUAAACACCAAGGAGAUUUGGUCAAAGCUAGUGAAGUCAUGAACGAAGGUCGAUUAUUAGAUUUGCAAGAUCGUUUUAUCAAUUCCAAGGCUACCAAGUAUUUGUUGCGUGCCAAUAAAGUUGAUGAAGCAAUUGAUUGUAUUUCAUUGUUUACCAAGUUGGAUGAGGAGGCCAUCAAUGGUUGUAAAGAUUUGCACACAAUGCAAGUCAACUGGGUUAUGGUUGAAUCAGCUGAAGCAUAUGCCAGAAUUUAUCACGACUAUCAAAAACAAUUGGCUAAUGCAGAAGAUAACGAAGAACUUGCUGAAAAUGUUGAAAUUUACAGAGGUUUAGCCUUGAAGAGAUUCCAUGCUGUAGUUAAGAAUUUUGAUAUUUUCUACAAUGAUCAAUACGAUUUCCAUUCCUAUUGUUUGAGACGUGGUACACCAAGAGAUUAUAUUGAUACUUUGAAAUGGGAAGACAAAAUCCAUUCCACACCAAUUUUCACCAGAGCUUUGAAGGGGUUGUCUGAUUUGUAUUUUGAAAUUUAUGAAGAACAAAAGAAGCAUGCCACAGAAAAUGGAGAAGAUGGUGAUAUCAAACAAAAGAAACAUAACAGCAUCAAUGCUAAUAAAAAGCAAAAGAAACAAAGAGCACAAAUGAACAAGAAAAGAUCCGGAUUUGCCAACAAAGUUGAGAGUGAAAAGGAUGAUGCUGAUCCAUUUGGUCUUAAAUUGUACAGCGACUUGACCGAAAAGGAUAUUUUAGAAGCAUUAUUUGAACUAUUUAAGCCUUUGAUUGAAGAAGGAAAGAACUUGAGGUUGACUUGGGAAGUAUUAUUUAGAGUGUACUUAUUGCAAGGAAAAUAUGUUUUGGCAUUACAAGCAAUCAAGAAUUUGGAGAAGGUGUUAAACAGAGAUGGUUCAAAGAAAUUGAAAGCUAUUGGUGAGAAAGUUGUUGCUUUGUCCAACACUGCCAAGCAAGAUACCAAUGCAAACCCUGCGAUUAUCAAAGUCGUAGAGAAAGGUUUACAAGCUGCAUUUCCAGAUUUCGAGAAAGAUGGAUUUAUUGAACUUUAUAAUCAAUAG